CCCAUAUAAAAUUUUAAUAUCCUAAAUAUUAAAUAAAAUACCAACAAAAAUAAAAUGGACACGAAACGAAUUAGUGAACUUCUCGCCGUUCAGGAUUUCACUAUACAAACAUUGGAUUUUUCCGAAAAUACAAUACAAUCGGAACAGGAGAGAAUCUCUCGUCCCGUCAGACGUGCAAGUCGACGAACUUCACAAGCCAACAAUACCCCAAAUAGCAUUAACCCCAUCAUAAGCAGCAGCAACUAUGAUCCCGAAAUGACCGAUUCCAGUUGUCAGAGUGACGACACUAGCGGCGGUGGGGGUAGUAGCAAUGGUGGCAGUGUUAGACCAUCUAGCAGGGGUCGUAAUUCCAACUCUGCCCAAAAUCGACGACGGAAGGGGGCACUCAAUGCAAAGGAGAGAAAUUUGAGGCGCUUGGAGUCAAAUGAGAGGGAAAGAAUGAGGAUGCACAGUUUGAAUGAUGCGUUCCAGUCCUUGCGCGAAGUAAUUCCCCAUGUGAAAAAGGAACGACGUCUAUCCAAGAUUGAAACACUCACAUUGGCUAAGAACUACAUUACCGCACUUACCGAUGUAAUCCUUUUGAUGCGUGGCGAAGAGAUACCCACCGGCAGCGAUGGGGGUGAUCUAACUGCAGAGCACUUCGAUUGCAGCAUCCUGGCAGACAAUCCCAGCAUCAUACAGACCCAACAACAGCAACAGCAGCAACAACAACCGCCGAUGACUGUCAUCAACAACAUUAACAUUAUGGCUGACAGCACAGCAGCAGUAUUCAAUGAGACAAAUGGCAAUUAUGGUCAGCCAUUCCGGGAGUUUAUAUAAAUCCGCGAAAAGACCUAUAGUCCUCGAGGGUCAACAAAUUGGGGGAAACCGCCUACAAAACAGACAUAAUAACAAACCCACACCACAAAAUAGUUACCUGAGAGCAACACAGUGUAGGUAUAAACAAAAAACCUUUAAUGCACACAGGAUACAUAGUUUGAGUUGUGCUGGUGUAAGUCUUAAGAAUUAUAAUCAUUACUGUUAUUAUUAUUAUAAGGAUAAGAGUGACGAUGACGAUGAUGAUCCUUUUCAAUGGCAUCGAGAGUGAAUAAGUUUGUAUAA